CAAGCUCCGCCUCCAUCUGCCGACCUACAUGUGGGUGAAAUAAGUCAUUUCAAAGGGCCCAUUUUCCUGUCUAUUGUCUUCCAAAGAUACAUUUGGCUAAAUCUUCAUUUGUGUAGAAAAGUGAUCACUACUUUGUUCAGUACAUUAGGCUUGUUAGAGCUGCUUUGUCUCAAAAUGAGUACAGUUAAUUUAACCAAUGAAGACAAUGACAAUGACAGUGAAUAUAUGCAAACUGGUGACAUGGACAUGACGUAUAUUUCAACUUCAUCCCAGCAGACUGAGCUGCCAGGUGGAGCUGAGCAGCAGACCAUGAGAGUUUACCUCAGAGUCAGGCCUUUCUCUAAAGAGGAACUCUCUGACAAGGAGGAUCAGGACUGUGUAGGGAUUGAAAACAGCCAGACUGUGACACUGAAUGCACCAAAGGGUUCUGCCAACAUGAAGAGCAGUGAAAAGGGCAUUGGCAUGUCGCUGCACAAAUUCUCCUUCUCACAGAUUUUUGGGCCAGAAAUGAUGCAGUCUGAGAUAUUUGAGGCCACAGUCAAAAGCCAGAUGUCUGAUUUCUUGGAUGGGAAGAAUGCACUGCUAUUCAGUUAUGGUGUAACCAAUGCUGGGAAAACCUACACAAUCCAAGGAACUCCAAAACAGCCGGGAAUACUCCCUCGGGUGCUGGAUGCCACCUUUCAGUACAUAGGAGGCCAUCUGUAUGAUGGGAUGGACCUGAAGCCCUACCUCAGGAAUGAUGCCCAAUAUCUGGACCCUGACCAAGUCAAGCAGGAGAAGAGUGCUAAAGCGGCCAUUUUUGCUUCAGUCAAAGAAGAGUGUGAACCUCUUAGAUCGAGCGGUUUAGAGUCCUGCUCUGCGUUGACAAGCAACCCAACAGAAGCAGACAGCAGCCAGUUUGCAUUAUGGGUAGCAUUCUUUGAAAUCUACAAUGAGUGUGUGUAUGAUCUGCUUCAAGCUUCCCUGUGCUCCAAGUCUAAGAAACGGUCUUCUCUUCGAGUGUGCGACGAUGGUGCUGGAAAUUGUUAUGUCAAAGAUCUCAGGUGGAUAAACGUCCUCACCCUGGCUGAAGCUUCCAAAGUACUACAGUUUGGAAACAAAAACAGAAGUGCCGCAGCCACAAAGUUGAACCAGUCAUCCAGCAGAAGCCACAGCAUAUUUACCAUAAAGUUACUGAAGAUCGAUGACAGUACAGUUACACGGAUCUCAGAGUUUUCUCUGUGUGACCUGGCUGGCUCUGAAAGAUGUAACAAAACCAAGACAUUUGGCGAGAGGCUGAAGGAGGCAGGGAACAUCAACAACUCCCUGCUUAUUCUGGGGAAGUGCCUCACUGCUCUACGCAACAAUCAGACUGAGGGAAUGAAGAACAGCUACAUCCCUUUCAGAGAGAGUAAGCUAACCAAGCUCUUCCAGGCCGUGUUCUGCGGCAAAGGAAGAGCGUCCAUGAUCGUGAACAUUAACCAGUGUGCUUCCACCUACGAUGAGACUCUCCAUGUUAUGAAAUUCUCUGCUGUUGCCAAACAGGUGGUGCAGGUGAUCCCAGACAAGACUCUGAAAUCUCUUGCACCUUGUUUGGUUGGCCGUGAUGGCAAGCCCCUGGUGAAGAAUGGGGUGAUGGACACCCAGGCCCUGGAGAGCUUCCUGUCUGAGGAGGAGCUGCUGGACGAGGAAGACGAGGCAAACAUGUCUUUGGCGACGGAGAAUGAGCUUGCAAAUAUGAUUGAGAGCCUGCGAACAAAACUACUAGCAGAGCGAAAAAGAAACCUUGUUCAGGAAAUGGAGAUCCGAAAUGAAAUGGGGGAUGCUAUGUUACAGCAGCUCAUGGAGAGUGAGGAACUCCGCAGUCGACAGAUAGAAGAGCUGAAGGAGAGCUUUGAAGAAAAGCUGGAGAACACUUUUGAGAUUUACAAGGAUGCUAUCAGAGAGCAUGCCUACCAGAGUGCGAUGAACAAUCUGGAAGAUGACUACGUACCUUUUGAUGAGUUUAUUGCUGAACAGGAUAAAGUAGAGACCCUGAAGCGCAAAGUUUCUGAGUUGGAGGGUUUAACGUCCAGUAUCGGAGGAUUGUGUGCAGUUCCAACAGUGGACCAGUCGUGCCAGACUCAUCCAUAUAAAUCAACAGAAGCAGCAGAAAAAAUUGCCAUUGACAGCAUUUGUGAGGAUAAACAACAGUUGAUCAUUUGCCUGGAGAAAAGACUGAAGGAUAUCAAUGUAAGACUUCAGAACACCAGAGAUGGCUACCUGGAGAAAUCGUCUGAAUUAGAUGAUUUACAGAGAAAGUCCAAGGAUCAGACUGAAUCAAUGGAGGAAAUCCUAUGGCAGAACGUUCAAAAUGAUCGGGAGAUCGCCUCACUGAAAUCAGAACUGGCGAAGCUUUCCCAGAAUUCCCCUAUGCUGCUCAGACCCAAAAGAGGCCUGCUCGCCAACAUCAGGGACGCUGUGACUUCUCCACGAAAGACUUCAACUACCCGAACGCCAAGAAAAACUGCACACCCCUAAAAAGCCCAGUAUCUGGAUACAGAUUUUAUCAUUUGGGUUUUAAAAAACUAUACAUGGACAGCUUUAGGGUACCUGGAAAGGAAACUGCAAGCAUAACAUUAUUUUUUUCAGAUUGUGUGUUUCUUAUGUAAUUAUGUGUUUUUAGUUUUCAAUAAAAAUGUAAUUGCUAAGAAUGAA